AUGCCUCAGCAUGAAGACAGUAAGGAUAUAAUCCUCCUGUUUGAUGGAACUGCUGUUUCGUUUGAUUUUCCAUACAACUCUACAAUAAGUAUGCUCUUUGAAGGGCUGCCUCGGGAUCAUGACUUCCAACCUGCUUUUCAUUGGGAUGGACCAGGCACUUCUUCAACACGGCCUAGAGCUACUAUUGUAGAAUUCUUUGACAUGGCAACUGGCUACUCUGUUGAGCGGAAGGUUAUUGAUGGAAUGAGAAAAAUUCAUGAGAAAUGCACGUUUGCUUGA